UUGACGUUUUUGAAACAUUUGAUAAGAAUGUGUACUUACUAAGGAAAUGCUAAAUUUUAUACGAUAUAUGUUGCAAUAAUUCACUGGCUGAUAAAUCUUUGUUAAUAAUGUCAGUGUACCCUGUGGAGGAGUGGCGCGGCUGUUACCGGCCUGACUUCGCCUACUCGAUACUGCGACUACUUAAAAUGACUCACAUUCCACUUCCGUACAACUAAGUCAAGCCUCACAAGAUGGACACCACAGACACUGCAGUCAGUAUAACAAACAACCAACCCACAACAAUGCAUAUUAUAAUAGAAAACCAACCAGACGACACUAAAAGCAGACUCAUCAUUCAACCAAUACCUAGUAAACAAAAAGAACAAUUUCAAUCAAAAUCAUCCCAAAUUGAUACUAAGAAGUCACUGCAAGCUUCGACCGGGUUCCAAACACAUCAUGACAGAUUAGUUACAACAUAUCAGAUUGCACAUUGUAAUGUUAUCCCGGCAUCAGCUUCUGCCGGUCCCACGGAGUACCCUGUUCAAGAAGCGCAACAAGGUUCGUUUCGCAAGAGCCGAGUGGCCCAAGUGGCAGACUCGUUCGCACAGUCUCUACGCAAGUACCCUCGAGCACUGCCGGAGUUUGCGCGCUCCUCUGAAGUGAUAGAGCGAUUGUUAUCGUCCACGCUUGCUAAACGACUCGGUAAAUCGAAAAAGAGUCAUUCGAAACGUAACAAGAAGACCAAGUGCCACCAUGAGGUCCCCUGCCUCAAGAAACUUCACCUGUACCCGCGGCGUCAGAGAAUCCCAUGUGACUGCAGUAAGACAGCAGCUCAAGUUGCUAUGAACGUCCAGUCUACUUCUUCAGGGAUGUCCAGUCCCAAGAAGCAAUUUACGGAUUUUGGGUUGAGAGAGAUGUCGCGGCUGCAGCGCAUGGGAGGUGGCGCGGAGGUACGCUACCUAAACGAUGUAAGGAAAUGCAUUCGUGACGCCAUCAAACACGUCUGGGACAACGACGCUAUGGUUUGUCCAGAAAUCGAGCGACGGUUCCUACAGCACCAGAAGGAAUAUCACAGUCCCAACAACGAUAUGGCUUGCGAGACCUUUUGCAUUGGUGCAAAAAGUCUUCCAAACAAAGGGUUGUUAAAAAACCAAACAGAGCCAGAGAAACAGCUUAAAAAUGAAGUGGAUACCAAAAUGUGUUACAAAUGUAAAAAAAUCGUACCCUGCGAAUGUCCACAGCCGACGAUAAAAGAUUCUCCAACAAAUAUACGCUUAAGAGUUGGUAAAUGUUGUGAUCGAAGUACAAGUCUCGAAGACCAUAUGAAUACUUCUUCUUGCUGUCAUUUGUGUAAAGAAGAACAAGAAUAUUCCAGCCAGCUACUCAAGCAAGUGAUUGACUGGCAACAGGAAAUACCACUUAACGCCGAUUGCUCUGAAGAAGAUAAAGCCAAAAGGCAACAGAUUAUAAGAACCUUAGUAAAGUCCUUACUGAGAUUUAAAGGUAUGGAAGAUAAACAAAAAGAAGAAAUUAAAAAAGUUCUAGAUAUAUUGCCAAUGUGGCGACCUGUAGAUAAAAACGAUCGUGACCUAUUUAUAAAUAAUCUUAUAGAAAAUCUUAUAAUUCGUAUAUCCCUUUUAAAAGAUGAAGAUAACAGUUUAAAAACAAUUAUCAAUGAUUGGAUUGAUAAGUUUUUCUUUAAACAGAAAACACUUGAUAAAAGAGUCGUUAGAAAAGACAAUAUUUUAAAUAAAUUUAUGGUUAAAAUUGCAUCUCUGAAAUUAAACGAAAAAUCAAAUAAGAACGAGUAUAACGAAGCUGUUCGAUCUCAAGUUAACGAUUUGUUUAAAAAACUUCUCGUUCAAAGUCCCGAUGUAAACUUUAUUAAUAAAGCUGCAGAUGAAUUAAUACAUGAAUUGAAUAAGGUUCUUAGUAAGAAAAGUGACACUCUUAACCGUAAAUACGGCACAAGCAAGGAAGUAACUAUGCCGGAAACAUCAAAAGUACUUUUGGAUAUGGACUUAAAUAAGAUUUUGGAAAAUGGGAAUAUUGUCCAAAAAACAACAGCCCAAAAUAAAGUUAAAGAUGAUAUAAAAAAAAUAAUUGAGAUUACUAAAACAAAUAAUUUGGAUCCGAGAACUGAAAGUCUAUUGAUGGAAGCACUUAUAAUGAAAGUCAAAGCUUUGUCUUCAUCGAUGUGUUCAAAUUCGGACUUUAUUAAAAAUAAUACAAAUAAAAAUACAAACAUGCAAGAAAUUAUCGAAAUGAAAGUGAAACAAGUUGUAGAUCAGUUACCUCUCGCUAUUGCUAAUAAUAUGAAAAGCGUAUUAAAAGAUGAAAUUGUUGAUGUUAUAUCCAAAAAAAUGGGUACAGAGUCGUCACUUAAAUUACCCAAAUCAUUAAAAGAGGAGAUUCGAAGUUACGUAAGAGAGCUAGUGUCCGGUGUACUGAAAGCUAAUGCUGGGGAUAUGAGAAACCAGAAAAAAAUCCAAAACGACUUAACAAAUCUUAUUGCGGACCAAAUAAUAAGAUGUGACAAUACUAGCAACUUCAAAGAGAAAGCGUACACAUUAUUAAGAGAAGCAAAUGUAUCUAAAAGUGAAAUGGAGGAUGUUUAUAAUUCUCUUUUACGGCAUACGAUUGAUAUGUCGUUAAGUUUAAAACAUAAAACACAUCUGUCGGCACCACUAUCAAGAGAUGAAACAAUCACGAAACGGACGGACCAAUUCGAUUCAAAACGAACAGAAAAUGAAGUUAUUAGUUUCAUAAGUCAUAUUAGUAGUAAUUUAAAUACAAACUUAAAAGAAAAAUUGAUGAUAUCUGCAAACCAAUUAGCGGAUAAAAUGGAAAAGAUAAUAUCUGACGUUAAAUAUUCUAGUAAAGAAAAAGAAGAAAAACUAGCCAAAUUAGUUUUUAUUUUUUUUAGAAACCAUGGCUUGCCAGUAGAUGAUUCGUCCAAGCAUAGAAUUAUAAAAUGGAUUCAUCGACUUUUAAAUUCUCCGCAAGAAGCAUCGACACCGAAACAAAAAUUGACUGACAAUUACAUUUCAAACCCAACUUUAUCGUCAAUUCAACAAGAUGAUGACUUUAAAACUCUAUCCCAGGGCUCUCUUGUUCAAAUUUACGAGAACCCUUCAUUAAAUAAUAUAUCACAUGAAGUUGUUAAAUGCAUUGAGAGGAUUCCCUCAGGCCGCAUGAUUUCUCAUGAUAGAAAUUAUCAUAGAAUGGUUGCCAAGGAAAUUGCACAACGAUUACGAGAGGCAGCUAAUCAAAGUUCAAAUCCUGAAACGGCACUUAAACAGACAGUAAUACGGUGGUUACCAAAACUAGUAAAGAAACCCAAUGAAACUGAACUAAUCUGGAUGACAUCUAUCUUAAAAAAAAUAAUGGAGGACAAAGAAUUGUCUGAGUUUUCUACGCGACCUGGAUAUCAACGUCAUUACAUGGGUCAAGCACCCGGUACUCCCGCGUCAGAAUAUCAAAGUACUGAAGCAAUUAGAAACGCUAUCAUGAACUGGUUGAAAGAAACGUCCCUGUAUCAAAACAGAAAUAUUCAUGAAAAACGAUUUCAAGAAAAUUUGGUGUCAGGCCUUGCCCACGAUUUAAAUCAAGUUAUUAGUGACACUGAAAAAUCUAUUAAUGAUGACACUAUACUUAAAUUAUUGGAAACUAGAAUAAAACAAUUCCCAAUGGAGGCAACAGCAAAAUGUGAUAAAAGUUAUCACAGAAGUUUGGCUUUUGAAAUAUUAAAAUAUUUAAAAGACGCACAGUUAAUACCUAGCCACAAAAAUUCUUCAUUGGAUGAGGUAACUAGACAUGUACUACGAUGGAUCGACAAAAUACCACACGACCGUAUUAUUUCACAAGAUGUAAAACAUCAAAAAGCAAUAGCAAAAGAAAUUGCAAAGCGUGUAAUAGAAACAAAAAACCAAACCCAGAAUCCUGAUUUAGCUCUUGAAUGCGAAGUUCUGCGAUGGUUACCUAAAAUUGUUAAAGAGCCUACAGAAACAGAACUGCACGGUUUGAAAGGUAAUUUGAAAAAGAUUGUAAAUUAUGAUGCUUCUAUAAAUGGCCUGUUGACAGAAACGAAUCAAUACGUUGAGGCUUUAAAGUACGCUCUUAUGAAUUGGUUAAAAGACUCAGAAAUGUAUCACAGACGUAACAAACAAGAAGAGUUGUGUCAAGAAACUGUGAUGGCAAAUCUUGCAUUAGAUUUAGACCGCAUUAACAAUAACUUACCACCAAAUCAAAAUAUAGAUUUCGAAAGAUAUAUAUUAAAAAUGAUAGAAUCACGACUCAAAGAAUUACCAUUGAACCAAAGAGUUCAAAAUACUGACAAUUAUAAUUAUACAAUGGCUAUAGAUCUGUUAAAUUAUUUAAAAGAUCUGAAUUUGCUUCGAAGCAUACGAAAAACUCCCGACGAAUCAAAAAAGAAUGUAACCUUUUGGAUUGAGAGUUUGCCACUGAAGUGGGCUAUUAGCACACACGAAGCUAGAAAAACAGCUGAUAGGAUUUAUUCCAUUUUGUCUGAUUAUUUAGACAAUGAUUUAGGAUCAACAAACUCAAAUAAACAUUUAAAAAGUAUUAUAAUUAAUGUGCUCAAAGAGUUGCCCUUAAGAGAAGAAUUCAAAAAUGAACAGAAAUUAGAAAUAUUAGUAGAAAAUUUAUUUAUAAUAUUAAAACAUCAUACAAAAGAUCCUUACGGAACAAAUAAUUCUGUAAAUAUUGCUUAUUCUGGUAAUAACAGUACACACUUAUUGGCAACAGAAUUAGCGAAUAAAUGUGCUUACAUUCCAAUUGAUUCAGCACAAGGUCCAGAAGAUGCAAGAAAAGUUAGAGAAGAACUCGUUUCUGGAUUAGUUAAUAUAAUUAACAAGCAACAUUUAAAUUAUGCUUGGAGAAAUGGAGAUACGUUUUAUGAAACCAUUAUCAGGAAUGAAGUUGAACAGUUACUAAAUACUUUAAAAGUAAAUGAACACUGUAAAAGAAAUCUAUUUUCAUUUAAAAAUUAUUUAGUCGACGUUAUGAAAGACGUUUUUAAAACAAAACAAAAAGAAAAAUUCAUAGAAAAUUACAGACAACAACUUUAUGAUAUUAUAGAGAAUACAUUACCAACGAAUACAACUUUAUCUUCAGAUCAACAGACAUCUUUUAAUGAUUUAAAAGAAAAAUUAGUUGAGGCAUUUGUUACAUUGGUUAAAACAACGGAUGUGAACACAGGAAAAUUCAAAGUUAUUCUUAAAAAUGAGGUCAACAAAUUUUGCAAUGAUUAUUUGAGAAGAUAUCCUGCCACACCUUUAGACACGGAUAAACUGUGCAAUAAUUUAUUCAGUGUCUUACAAAAUAUACGUAUUCCUGAAACAAAAUCCCCAAACUAUUCAGAUGAAAUUAAUUAUACGAAAAACAAAAUUAAAGACUACUUGGAAGAACUACCUUUAAAGGUUACCGAUGAAAAUAUAUUACUCAGGAAUCAUUUUGUAAAUUUAAUUCAAUACUAUUUAGAAAAUCCAUCUGAGAUACAACAUAGUAAUUUGAGGGACAAAAUAACGGAGAAAAUUAAACAGUUUACAUUUUUAUCCGAACAUAAACCAAAUUUUGCAGAAAUUACCGAAAAUAUACUUAAAAUAUUAUAUAACAAUGAUCAAAUGAACAAAGCACACAGGCAAACUUUACAACAGGUAUCGAGAAGUUUACAAAACAAUAAUGUGCGUACAUUAGAUAAAUUAGACAAGCAAACGAGUAAUAUCAAUAUAGCAAAAGAAACAUUAACUUAUGAUUUACCUGUAGAAGACGGAGACAAUAUCAUUCGUGAUCAUUUUAAGGAAUCUUUCCGUGAAUAUAUAAGAUAUCAACAAGUAAAUACAGGUAACAAAGAUGUCCAAGUUAAUGGAACUCCAAAUGGCAUAGAAAACCAAAUUAAUACGAGACCAGAUUUGAUUGGAAAGAAUGAAAGUGAUUCUCCCACGUGUUCGGAAUUUAAUUGUUGUGGUCUGAGAGAAACAGAGAAUUGUUUAGAAACUCUCACAUGUCAAAGGCAUAUUAGAACGAAGUGUGCACAAACUGAAAAAGUAAACGACUUAUCUCCUCGUAUUAUCGUUAAAGAGUACUAUUGGGAUUCAAACGAUAACGAAAUGGUAAGUUCACACCAAGAGUUACAAGGUAUGCAUAAUGAGUUGCGACGAACUGUGCCGUCGUUGCCGUUCAGUAAAGUCGAUUUGCCCGCUCCUCACUGUAGAUCUCGGAGACAAUGUUUAAAAAGCCCCUGUAUAUCACAUAUUUCUAUGGCUGAAGGUAACAUAGCUAAUUUUCAAAUGAACCAACCUUCAGUCGAAGAAGAAAUUUGGGCGACAAGAAAAUUACCAGUUACAAGAUAUAGACAGUCCAACAUAAGUUUGGGAAGAAAUAUUGAUAGACCGGAUGUUAUUCUCAAGCCGGUAUCAGAAUCAAAGACUAAAAGACAGAACUUUUGUAACGAUCAAAAUGGUUAUGGUAUAUUUGAUGAUGAUAAAAGACGAAGUAAGGAUUGUUGUUUAACGUCUGAAUUGACAGAGCGUGGUAGCGUCACAAGACCUCAUGUAAACCCGGCUACCGAUGUGGGAUACUCACUAGCACAAGAGAGAGAUGAUAAAAAGAAAUGCAACUGUUAUGGAUACGUGCAUCAAAAGAUUAUAGGCGGACCUUCGCCUGAGUCCAGUGGAGUGGUGAGCCAUCACAGCCAAUGUCCUAGCAACAUAAAUAACUGCGUCAAGUGUCGAGGUGGAAUCUGCCUACAUCCGAGUUACAUUUACUUCAAUUAGACUGAUACAAAAUUUAAACUUUAUAUCAACAAGAAUUUUUGAGGUUAGAAAUUUUCUCUAUCUUUAUCUCUUUACCUUAUUCAAAUAAAUUCUAUAAUAUUC